AUGCCGGAAAGAAACCCCCGCCGACGUCACCCCGGAUCCGGCGGCGGAAGCAGUCGGAAGACAAGGCCUCCACACCCUUCUGCUUCCCCGAGGGCGACCCGCUGCGGAAGGGCUUCUCCUUCCCCCGCAGCUCCGCCCAAUCGCAAUCCCCCAUUAUCCAGGAUCAGAAACUACCGUUCCGGCAAGACUUCCAGGGUACUGAAGCGAUGCGCCUCCGAACCCAUACUCCGGAGCAACCCCACCGGCAAUCAGAGGAAGAAGAAGAAGAAGAAGAAGAAGGACCCAGUGAUGGCGAUCCUCUACUCCAUGAUCGCUCAAGUCAUAGUAGUAGCUUCACCUGCUUGGAAAAUUACUGUUGGCCCGAGGGCGUCGCGGCGAUCCACCGGCCUCGAACUUGGACCGACGUAUUCUCUUCGUCUCCGUCUCGUCUGGGCUCGAGAUCAUCUUCUCGACCGAGCUUCGAUGUGUACUCGAGAGAUGCGAAGCCUCCGAUGUUUGGAGAGAUCGGAAUUGAUCGGGGAAGUAGGGAGCAGGAAUUUUUAUCUGAGGAAGAGCGGUAGUAGUCGGAGGAAGAGCAGCAGCGGCAGCCUGUUGGGUUCUUCGCUGGCUACGGUGGAACGGAACUCGCCGUCAACGAAGGGGGUUCCGCCGGCGAUUGUGUUGUUCCAAGGUUUCUUCGGCAGGAAGUUCAGUAAAAUUGUGAGAAUAAUGCGUCGGGUAUGGCAUAUGGUGGUGUGCUUGCCGUGA